AGAGGACUCGGGACAGGUACGGUGGCUGAUACGAGAAAAACAUGUCAUAAGGAAGAAAAAAGGUAAAUGGGUCUCUCUCCGCCGCGGCACCCGUCAGUGCGUGUGUGUAAACCCGAAGCGUCCGCGCCGUGAUCCCGUCCUGAGAUGCGACGCUUUCGCCGACACGUUAAAGGACGCUUAAGAGAAUCAUUUACCGGACACACGAGUGUGCAGCGAUGGAGCUGGGUGUUACUAAAACGAUAAUCCUAGCAGGAGGCAUUCUGGUUCUCCCAGUCCUCGCCUUCGUCACCUCCCUCCUCUUCUGGCCCGGAACGCUCCUGAAGGCCUACAACUGGUACUGGCGUCGCAGGCUGGGGCUGGCGGUCCGCUACUCCCACAGUGGAAGUUACCGCUUCUGUUAUUCCAGCCGUGGGACGCCAGGGAGCGCCACGCCAUCACUGCUGAUGCUGCACGGCUUCUCCGCCACCAAGGACAUGUGGCUGCCGGUCGUCAAGUACCUCCCCAGAAACCAGCACGUGUUGUGUGUGGACAUGCCGGGACACGAGGGGACAAGCCGCACCGGCGCCGAGGACUACAGCAUCCAUGGCCAGGUCGGACGAAUCCACCAGUUUGUGCAGAGUGUCGGUCUGGAUAAAAGACCCUUCCACCUGAUCGGGACAUCGAUGGGUGGGAACGUCGCUGGGGUGUACGCUGCCCGCCACCCUGCUCACCUGGCCAGCGUCACCUUGAUAUGCCCGGCAGGUCUGGUUUAUCCCACAGACUCACAGUUCAUCAGCCAUCUGAGGGAGCUGGAGAAGAGUCAGGAGCAGGAGUCCAUCCCUCUGAUCCCCAGCACCCCUCAGGAGCUGGAGAACAUGCUGAGACUCUGCUGUCAUACCCCACUCAACCUCCCCCAACAGGUCAUGCGAGGUCUCCUUGACAACAGGAUCCCCAACAAUGGUUUCUACAAAGAAGUGUUCAUGGAGAUCGUCGGGGAGAAGUCUCGUCACUCGCUGCAGGAGAACCUGCAUCUGAUCACAGUGCCCAUGCAGGUCAUCUGGGGGAAGGAAGACCAGGUGCUGGACGUUUCGGGGGCAGCGGUGCUGCAGGCGGCGCUGCCGAGCUGCCAGGUGGACCUGCUGGACGACUGCGGUCACUCCGUGGCGUUGGAGCGGCCCAGGAAAGCUGCCAAGCUCAUCACGGACUUCCUGUCUGCGCAGGAACUCAGCGGAAAAGACGAUAAGAAAUAUUCCUGAAUAAAACUUUUGAACCUUACCCCGACCCCUGACCUCAGGCUGGAUAUGGAAGGCGAAGAGCGUGAUUGUUAUGAUGGCGAUGAUGAGGAUAAUGUCGAGGUAAAUGAUGGCCGCAAUGAUUACGGUGAUGAUACUCUUUUAUAGUUGUAAGACUUUUCUACAACAGCAUUUACCUAUUUGUAAAUUAAACGAACGCACAAAAACACCACUGACUGUCAAAUAUUCCUGUUAACCAGUGUUUACUAGUUUGUAGGAAGCUGUAUUCUCUAUUGAAUGGUAAUUUUGAAUGAAAACAUUCCACGGUAGGAUUUUGCUCAUUUCUCUUUCAGAAAACCAUAUUUCAGUCUCCUGUUUUAUUGAAUGGCAGGUGUCCGUUUGUGUGUAAAGUGUCUCCGCUGUGAACUGACUGCAUAUUACACAUUCGGAUGGAAAUUCAGAAUGAAAAAUAUCGUAUUUUUAUGGGAUUUCUAUCAUGUACGUUGGUUAAGAAAUUAAAAAAGUUUGACAAAUGAGGCGACUCAAUCAUUUUAGCACCUGUACAAUGAGUGAUAUGGACUACAGAAUUAAAAUGAAUUAAGUUAAAAAGAUUGAUUGAUUGAUUGAGUGAUUGAUUGAUUGAAAACUUGGACACUGGUUUCUGUUUCUGGAUCCAACACACCACUGGGUGGCGACACAUGUUUAGGAUGGACCACUCAAAAUCACGAAGUGGGGUAUCUUCUCUUGUGUAAUAUGUAAUAACGGUGGUAGGCAAAUAGCAAAUCUGGACCUCUAUAAAAAUACUAAAUA